UAGUCGCACAACAUUUGAAGUACAUCUGAACAGCCCACCUCCAUUGAGUUCGUCAUUGUUGCGAGUUCCUGGUUCGACUGCUACCUUGAAGAACAACUUUCGUAAUUCGGAUUUCCUCAAUUCAAGGAUGGACACCGUACAGCACCCUUCGGCAACAUGGGAAGCAGUCUCGAAUGGCAUUGUGUUUUACAGACGCCAGCAGCUGUACACACUGCCUGGAAAGCUCCCAAAUAUCGCUGACUACCUGAUCGCUGGGUGCAAGAAUGGUGGGCCGAUAGCACUUAUGAGAGACGCCUCAAAGCUGGUUGCACUGGGUCGCGGAGGACCUGCACUUACGAAAUCUCAAAUCCAGGUGUACUCACCGGCCGGAGAGGGCUUGCUACUAUUCAGUUGGGAUCAAGGCCGAAUAGUCCGGUUCGGAUGGACCUUCGAUGAGCGACUUGUGGUUUUGAAUGAAGAGGGUGUGUAUCGUUUGUACGACUUGCAAGGCGACUACCAGCAGUUUUCGUUGGGCAACGAGGCAGCGGAGUUGGGUAUAAUCGAUGCUAGAAUACAUGAGAAUGGACUAGUCGCCCUGACAGGCUCUUUGACUCUCCUGGAGGUGAAAGACUGGGAAGGCGGGAGGCCAUUAGCCCUUGCAAGCCCUGGGAUAUCCGAACCACCUCAUUCGUGGGCUGUUAUACCCCCGGAUCAAUCGAUAUCGAGACAUGUUGAGGUGCUGCUCUCUGUGGAUGCCACGAUUCUUACCGUGGAUAACCUGGAAAGUACGGACCAACGCGUAGCCCGUGGACCAUUUUUGCAUGUCUCUCCUUCGCCUAAUGGUAAAUUCCUUGCAUUAUUAACUUUCUCUGGGCUUCUUUGGGUCGUUUCAUCGGACUUCCAACGUGAACUAGUCGUUCUUGACACAACAACUGUGUGUGCUGAAGGACCGGUCAAUCAAGUGGAAUGGUGCGGCAACGACGCAGUUUUGGUUACUUGGAAUGAUCUCGCAUCACUUAUUCUGCCAUCACGACAUAACAUCGCGGGAGAAACUCUGCGUUAUCAGUAUUAUGGUGCUACCUUUGUCGUCACGGAAGCCGAUGGUGCCCGUGUCAUGGGGCAGGACGCUUGCGACUUCAUUCAGAAAGUUCCUGUGUCUUCGGUAUCAAUAUUUCGUCCAGGCUCAACAUCAUCAUCUGCCAUCCUGUUUGCAGCUUGGGAAAGUUUCGUACAACGAUCACCAAAAGCAGACGAGAACAUACGAAGCAUUCGAUCAGACCUUGCUGCGGCUGUGAACGAAUGUAUAGAUGCUGCUGGUCACGAAUGGGAUCCUCAUUGGCAAAGAAAGCUGCUUAGUGCCGCAAAAUUUGGAUGGGGAUUUCUAGACCUUUACAAUCCCACCGACUUCAUAGCCAUGGGUCAAGCAUUGAAAGUUCUGAAUGCUGUCCGCUUCUACGAAAUCGGAAUUCCUCUGACAUAUUCGGAGUAUCAAUAUGUAUCCCCGGCGCACCUCAUAAAUCGUUUAACAUCCCGAAACCUGCACCUUCUCGCUAUCCGUGUUUCUUCCUUCCUGUCUCUUAAACCUGACGUUGUUCUCAAACAUUGGGCUAGUGUGAAGAUUACACGGUCCAAGUCUUCUGCUGCUGACGGUGAAGACGAUGAAGUGUGCAGACUCAUAGUAGACAAAUUUGAGAAGCUCGGGGGCGGUGAGGUGAGCUAUGCAGAUAUUUCCCGGCGAGCAUGGGAGGUUGGGAGGACGGGAUUGGCCACCAAGCUACUAGAUCACGAAACUAGGGCCUCCGAUCAGGUUCCAUUACUAUUAACCAUGCAAGAGGAUAAACUAGCUUUGGGAAAAGCUGUUGAUAGCGGUGAUACCGAUCUCGUUUACCAUGUAUUACUACAUCUUCACAAGCGCCUUCCUUUGGGCUCUUUUUUCAAGUUGAUCGAGGAUGGCGGAGACCAGCUUGCACCCGCAAGCAAGCUCCUUCAAGUUUACGCUCGGGAGCAGAACCGAGAAAUGUUAAGAGAUUUUUACUACAGUGAUGAUAGGAGAGUUGAGAGUGCAAUUCUGGCGCUGGACGAGGCAGCCCAAAUGACUGAUCCUCAUGCGGUGAUGACAGCUGUAAAUGUGGCCGAGAAAUUCUUUUCAGAGGACAAAGACCGUCCAUUUGAAGCCAAGAUGAUGAAUGAAAGUGUUCGCCUGCUUGCGCUUCAGCAACAAUAUGAGAAGGAUUCAGAUGGCAAAGUCAAGUUUUUCGGACAAAGCGUCUCUGAGACGAUACGCACGUGUAUCUUGAACGGUAUGAGCAAGAAAGCCGACCGCGUCAAAAGCGAGUUCAAAGUUCCAGACAAACGAUUUUGGUAUCUUAAGUUACAUGCGCUCACAGCUAUGCGAGAUUUUAACGCACUAGACGCGUUUGCGCGUUCAAGACGGAGUCCCAUUGGCUACGAGGCAUUCGUAAAACAUCUUGUCGAAGCUGGUCACCCCAAGGAGGCAGCUUCAUACGUAAUACGAUGCGAUGGCCCAAAACGCGUGGGACUUUAUGUGCUGUGCGAAGACUGGCGUGCGGCGGGCAGGGAGUGCAAAGAACGUGGAGAUAAGAAAGGGAUGGAGUAAGUAUUUUGGCUAUUGUUCACUGUUCAUGGCUUAUUGUGGUUGAAGACAACUCAGGAAGUCGUGUCCUA